UGAAGUUGGCAACAUUUAAACCCGCCAUUACUGGCAAUAGGUUAAUCGUGCUACAUUUCAGUUAUUCCUGUUAGUAGGCGUGCUAGAGUGUAUUAACGUUUUUGUGCAUUUGUGUUAUUAUUCCGUGUAAGAAAUGCCUUUUAAAUGGAAGAAAAAGUCGAAUCGGCUAUCUGUUUCUCCUGAUUCAAUGAAGAAUGCGGUGUUAGAAGUAAUUGAGGGUAGCAAGCUUCGAACAACAGCUAACAAAUAUAAUAUUGACAAAAUGACCUUACGACGAUAUGUACUCAAAUACAGAGAAAAAGGGGCAGUCACGGAAUUUGUACCCAACUUUUCAUCUUCUCAAAUUUUUAGUAGGUGCGAGGAAGAAAUGCUUGCUAAAUAUCUACUCAACGCUGCACAAAUGAAUUAUGGCUUCACUUCUAAGGAAACUAGAAAAUUUGCUUAUUUGUAUGCAGUCGAAAACAACAAAAAAGUUCCUGAGAAUUGGAUUAAGAAGGAAAGUGCAACUUAUGAAUGGCUACGUGGUUUUAUGAAUCGUAACAAUACCUUAUCAUUACGGACUCCGGAACCAACUAGUCUCUCCAGAGGAACUGCGUUCAAUAAGCAUACCGUUGGUGAGUUUUUUAACUUGUUAGGAACAAUACUUGCAAGAGAGGAGUUCGGGCCUGGAUCGAUAUACAAUUGUGACGAAACAGGUGUUCAAACCGUCCAUAAACCUAGAAAAAUAAUAUCAAAGAAAGGUCAAAAACAAGUUGCUAAAGUGACAUCAGGCGAACGGGGCCAAACUGUAACUAUUUUAUGUACAAUCAACGCGAUUGGUGGAUCCAUACCACCAUUUUUUAUAUAUCCAAGAGUGCGUGAACAAGAUUACAUGACCGCUUGUGCUCCACCUGGAUCAAGAGCUGCUACGCAUCCAAGUGGAUGGAUGACUGCGCUAAAUUUUGAAGUUUACUUACAACAUUUUAUAAAAUUUACAAAAUGUAGCAUAGCCGAUAAGGUCCUAUUAAUUCUCGAUAACCACAAUAGUCAUUUGUCACCGAAGGGUCUCGAUAUCUGUAAGGAGAAUGGAAUUGUUCUUCUUACUAUUCCACCACAUACUAGCCACCGCCUCCAACCUCUCGAUGUAUCUGUGUACGGUCCUUUUAAAACUUUUUACAACCAAGCAUGUGAUGAUUUCAUGAUUCAAAAUCCUGGACAAAUUAUCUCUUUAAAGAAUAUAGCGAAAUUAGUUGAAGUGGCAUAUCAACGUGCUUUUACUCCAGUUAACAUCGUUAAAGGGUUUUCUGCCACCGGAAUCUCUCCGUUUAAUUCACAAAUAUUUUCCGAAGAAGAUUUCUGCUCCUCAAAGGUUACAGAUCGUCCCAAUUCUUCAAACCAAACCGCUAAAGAGCAAACACCACCUCCUACAAUAGCAGUACAACAAGAUAAUGUUCUAAACGACAUAAUUAAUGUGGUGAAGAGUCCAGAAGAGAUUAGACCCUUUCCACUUGCUCCACCUAGGAAAACUGUAUCAAGCAGAAAACCCACUAAAACAAAAAUUCUCACAGAUACCCCUAAUAUGAACGAAAUAAAAUUAUACCACGAAAAAAAAAACAAGGAAAGAAAUUCAGAGGGUUGUAAACGCAAUCUCAAUAUCCAAAAAAAGAGUCGGGCAGGUCCCUCUAAGCAGAUAAAACUGAAAAACAUCGAGGAAGAAACUGACACCGAUAGUGUUAUAAUGAGCUCCUCCUCAGAAGAUUGUACAGAUAUCGAAGAAUGUAUAGAAAAUGAGAAGACCGAAGAUAACUUCAUAGCAGGACCAAUCUCAGUUGGGGAUUAUGUGUUAGUUCGCUUUGCUACAAAAAAAAUUGUAAGGCACUAUGCCGGGAAGGUUUUGGAAGUACACGAUGAAGGUUAUCUGAUCAACUUCAUGAGAAGGAAGAAACCCAACUAUCAUUUUGUCUAUCCUGAUGUUCCAGACCAGUCAAUAGCAUCUGAAAGUGAGACCAUUAAACUGCCACCUCCAGCAUUCGUUGGUGGCACCGCAAGAGCCUCGCGAAAACUAAAAUUUCCAAUAAACUUUGACAAAUUUGAUAAUGUUGAUUAAGUAUAAAUAAAUA